AUGGGCAUGCCUUCCCCACGACCGCGUCCCCAGACCCAAGCUCAAGCCCGGGAUUGGAACCGGGACCAGGACCGGGACCAAACACAGCUCCCGCCUCGUCCGCGCUCAAACUCGCUCGGGACCCUCUUCACGUUCAGAGAGCUCGACGACUCGCGCUCCAAGUCGAAACUGACCGAACAAGAAAAAGUCGCCAAGUUUGAGCAGCUGCUUGAAGCGAGCGACAAGGCGGGCGGGACUCUGCAUGCGCGGUUGAACGACCGGGCGUUGUUGUCGGAUACGAUUGCGUUUGAUGGGGCGAGCGUUGUGAGUGAGAUGAUUUGA